AUGACCAUCACAGUAUACAUCCAGAAACAAUACUGGGAGGCCUCGUUUAAGCGCAAUUGUGGACGGGCCAUCAAGAAGUGGAGCGCUUGCUUAAGACAAGAUCCGCCCACGAUUCGGGACGUGCCAGAGCGUCAGAAUGACGAAAAGAAGUCAUGGUCGAGAGACGAGCACCAGCUGUCGAGAGUCCAAGAUCGAUGUCCGCACAAGUCUAGACCGAAGACUAGCGGCUGCAUAAACGUUGAGAGCCUGAUGGCUGCGAGCAUCCCUUGCGCCACGUACUUCGUACCUGAUGCAUAUCAUCCAUGCUACAUUCACCGAGAGUACCCCGCUGGCCUCAACAUACCCAAUUACGGAGCAGUAAGCUACAGCCGGUGUAGAAUGCUCGGGGUCUGGCUGCCGCGCUAUGGGACGAUUGGAAAUGGACAACCAGGACUUGACGCGUGCUAUUCGACGUUUCCAAGAUGCGGCAUCGCCGCGAGUGUCCACGUGCCUGAUCACCCUUGCAUUCGGCCAAAGAGUGGUGUGGUAAAGCUUCGAAGGGGGAAGUCCAACGUCGAGGCUUGCCGUGCUGCAACCAUUUCGUGUCAUCACUCCGUUGUGAAACAUUGUCUGGGAUCAUGGGGCAAGGCAGUUGUUCUCAACCGCACUUGGGAUAACAAGGCGGGCACUGAUGUCUCAGACACGGGGAUAUUGGCAGAAGAAGGGAGGGAUUUGGGGGCAGAAAAGGGUUGA